AUGGUGGCAGCCAGCAAAGCCAAAACGCAGCAGCCGGUCGUCGCUGAGACCGAGCCGAAGAUCGAGACGACGGCCGUCGACGACCAAAUUGAUAACACAGCAGACUUCCCGCGUGUCAACCUGAGCUCUCGACAAUCUCAUGGUGGUGAGGAGAGCCACGGCGUCCCUCUCGGUAUCCGGAGCGGAGGAGAAGGGAAAAAUCCAGAUGCAGUUCCCGCUAUCGGUCAGGAUCAGCUCGACGAGGAGGCUGCGGUGGGGUCCAUCCACCACAUCCUCAAGACUGCGUUCAAGGAACUCUAUGGUGGUGGGAGUAGCAACGAUGAGACUGAUGAUGAAGUUGCGGAGGAAGGGAAUGGACGGCAAGGCACACCGGCGAAUGCAUCAGAUUCAGGGUCAAGGAGGCCUUCGUCGGUAGCGAAAGAAUCUGCGGCGAACGGUGGAGGUGCUGAUGAGGGGCAACUGGCCAUGACUAGCGAUGGGGAGGCGGCGUUUCAAGAUCUUGAACGAAAUACGUCUCCAGAGGGUAGAAAACUGGAAGUGGCCGAAACAGUGGAAGACACGGCAGCAAUCGAAGAGAGGGAAGAGAUAGAAGUUCUCAAGAAGCAGGGAAUUCUUAUCGGGGCACACAUCCCGAUGGGUCCCAGCGGACUGAUUCUGGACCGUUCCACGAUCGGCACCUUCGGAGGGUUCGCCAUUUCUCUACUGGAUGCGGCGGAACUUGCUCGGGCAAACCGAAGGGCUGGUCUUCGCCACUCCGGCAACCUUCCGUGGAACGAGUUUUCUCAAAAGAAACCGCAUGGGGAAGGAGGUGACGCCCGUUUUCAGCCUCCUGGAUACCUGAAGCACACCACAACGAACGCCACCAGGGAGGCUCUAACCCUCAAGAGAAGCUUCGGCCGCCAUGGGGAGAAAGGUAUCCGGCAGCAGCUGCAACUCGAGGCGCAACGUGAUUUGGAGCGAGCUAUGUCUGGUGACACCAUUGUCACAGGAAAUGAUCGCCUUGCUGCGGAUACCACACGACUGUAUGGUGAAGCCCUUGCCGGCGAAGAGGAGGGAGCCGCAACGGCCGCGGGAGUUUGGAAAGAUCGAGGCGUUUUGGAAGAUGAUACUACGGACGAUGACAGUGCGGAUGAUGCGGCACAACGGGCAUCAUCACGCAGCAAGGUUAUCGUGAAAGGCGCCCAGAGAGACGCCGACGCCGCUGUGAUGACCCGAAUGCAGAGGAAGUUGCGCUUCCGAAGGAACCCCCGCUACGACCCGGAUAGCCGUUGGCACGAACAGUUUUGGGGACGCAAUAUGCACGUAUUCGAAGGUGUUCUUGCCGUCGCGCUGACUUGUACAACGUCAGAUGCCAGAUUGAAGACCAGGAACAAAGCUUUGACUAAAACCGAGCUUUUGGCGUCGAUACCACCGCCGGGGGAUAUAGACGGAGAGAACGGGUACUUCUUGGCCAGCCCAGCGGUUGUGGAGUACUUCGACUACUGGGUGGGGCAAACAUUCAGGGCGGAGUUCGUUCUGCGCAACAUAUCGUGCCUCAAGCGGAGCUUCAUGCUCCUCCCACCCUCGACGAAGUACUUCAGCUUGGCCAAGGUGAUAUUUCCCUCUUCAGAGAUUGACCCGGCGUCUGGCGUCGUUACGGGGACCGGAGAAAUCGCCCCCGGUGUCAGGGCGACAGUUCUUGUGGACUUCGUCCCCGACAGCCUCGGAGAGUACCACGACGUGAUAUCUGUGGUUACGGAGAUCGGCACUUUCGAGGUUCCAAUAUUCGCUCACCGGAGACGGCCGUGCCUCUCUCUGCCGCCCUCGGGUCUCCUCCACUGCGGGGGGUGCCUUCUGGGAGAGUGCCGGACAUUGCGGUUCCGCGUAAAGAAUACCGGAGGGCCCGUCCGUUUCCGACUCCUUCCGCGGCGCCCCUCGGAGAAAACGGCCGCCGCUGCUGAUGUGCAUCAGCAUGGAGAGAGCCGGGGGGAGGCGACGGCGGCAGCCGUUGCGGCAGAUGACGGGCAUCACGCCGGGCAACACGGCGGGAAUGGGAGUGAGCUUCAGGGAGGCGCGGCCACUCGUUUGGACCGGAGCGUUUUGCGGACAAGCGCCGGUUGCGACGAGACCUUUGGGUCGUUGAAAAUACCCCCAGCAGCAACUCCUGAGGCAAUCAGCCGAGCCAAUGGUGGGAUUCAUUCUGAUGGAAACGGUGGUCAUGACGGUGGCGACGAUCGAAAGGUCGAUUUCGAUAACUCGAGCUUCAAUCCGGACGGCAACAACGGCAGACUAGAGGACGGACCGUUCUGUGUGUUCCCCACGGACUAUUGCGUAGGCGAGGGAGAAACAGUUUUCAUCAACGUCGAGUACUUGCCAUCAGAGGUCGGCGUGCACGAGGCUUGCUUCAUCAUGGUGCAGGACAACUGCGACGAAAGAGAUUUGCGAGUUGAGGCCCUCUGUGAACAGGUUUCUCUCCGCAUUUCGAGCAUUGAUGGCACCCCCGUACCUGCGUUACAGUCGCCGUCGAAGGCGUCCCUCCCCACCAGCCACUGUCAGGACCAGCAGCAGCUGGUGCUACCAACCGACAAGGCAGCCGACCUGGGCAGCGCGGUGGUGGCAUCACCGGCAGCGAUAAGCCACCUCUUGUUCGAGCCCACGCUUCUGGCCAGCACGUGUCAGCGGCAGUUCACGCUGCGGAACGACACGACCGGAGACCUGCGCAUUCGCUGGGAAACCUCGGACAUCACCUCCGCGCAGAAGCGGCAACAACGUGGACAGAAGAAGAAUAGCGCGACUUCGAGGUCGUCUUCGUCUGGAGACCCUCCGUCGGCCUCGCCGACGACUUCCGCCACACGCACUGGUGGUGGCGGUGGGGACAUCUUUGGGACUGUCGGAGACGGUGAGGCCACGGAAAGACGGGGCAGUGCCUACGUGGAUAGGGGGGGGGCUCAAGCGGGGGCUGAUUGGGAACCUGAAGCAAACGCGCCCCGAAAUGAAAAGAGAACGGGGGAUGUCCCCGCGGGGGGCAUCCAACCGUCGUCUUCUUUGGCGGCAAGAACGACGGCACAGAUGCCGAAGGGUUUAGCGACUGCGGCCGGCAGGGGACCGUUCGUGAUCUUCCCGGGUUUCGCGGUGGUUCCGGCGCGAGGGGAGGUUUCGUUCGAGGUGGCGUUCUCGCCCCCGGCCCUGGGGGAGGUUGGGCUGUUCCUGCGAUCCUUGGAUCCGGACGGCAAGGGCUCCUUCAGCAGGGACGAGUUCAUGAAGGGGUUGCGAGCGAUGUGCCCCCUGCUCGAAGAAGCCGCCGCGACGUUCGUGAACUCGGUGACAUCGAAGGGGAACGGAGAACAUGUCACAAACUUGAUACACGAAGCUGUGAACAAACUGGAUCCACAUGACGACACCGAUAGCGACGCUGAAGGCCCGUUCGUUGGAGUCAAAGAGGCCCUAGCGGCCAUGGGGGCCGAGCUGCAAACGCGGAUCUCGCACGCCCUCGGUAGGAAAAGCUUGGAAGAGCUGGUGGAAGGCCACCGCAAAGACAUGCCAGGCUUUCAGAUGGAGUUGCGAGGGUCGGGGGAACCGGUGCGGCUGUCUCUGCGGCCGGCAAUGCUUCAGGCUCCGGGUGAUCACGUUCCUUACGGUCAGCCACUUGCCAUGGACUUCGAAGUUUGCAACGGGUCUUCGGCCCCGGCCCAGUUCGAGUUCGAUCUGCCCGGCAUGACGGUGUCGCUGUUGGGGAACGACGCGUUCACGACCACCAGUCCCGGUGCCGAGGUCGACAGUAGCAGGAACUGGUGCGACUUGGAUAUCUGCCCCGUGGAGGGAGUCGUGCCCGCGGGAGAGAGUGUCAAAUGCAGGGCAACCAUCACGCCGUAUUGCGUGGGCUCUCGCGUGGUCAGCGUCCCGAUAGUCGCCCCGACGGCGGCUCCUGCAGAACUAGGGGAAGAACUGCGCCUUCGGCUCGGGUUCGUCGGCAGCGGGGGUACGGCUCGCGUCGAGGCAGCAGAGGCAAAAUGGAACUUCUCUAUAUCUUGCUUCCGCGUACGAUAG